AUGUACAAUUGUACUUCUGGAGUUUGCACUAAUCCCAUUUCUCCAUCUUGUAAAACUGGAUCUGGUACCAACAAUGCCUUGUGUCCAACCAAUCAAUAUUGCAAUACUACAAAUGCUAUCUGUGAAGAUUUACGUCCACUUGGUGCCAAUUGUUCUGGACUUGAAACAUGUCAAAAAGGAAUGUUUUGUACACCUGUUACCCAAUAUUGGACAACAUGUCAACCAAGAUUCUCUCUCCAAGAAGGAAGUAUCUGUAGGGAUAGUGUUCAAUGUGAUUCAACCAAGAAUCUGUAUUGUGGUCCACAAAACAAUGCAAUUCGAUAUUGUGAAAAGUUCCCAGCCAUUGAACCAUCCUACAAUUGUUACACCAACGGUUCGUGCGGAAACAACUAUAUCUGUGGUUGUAGCUCAACUCCAUCAACUGGUUCCUGUAAAGUCCAAUUUGCCCUAACCCAAGAAUGCCAAAAUGUCUUUGGUAAAUACACUGAUUGCAUAAAUCAAUGUCCAAGGGUUACCAACCCUGUUGCUUCUAGUUGUAUUAAUAGUUGCAAUCGUUAUGGAAAUGUCCUCCCAGUUUGUUCUCCAUACUAUACUUGUUACAAGUAUCAAGCCCCAACUGAUACCUCUUCAUCAAGUGUAUCAAUGUCAUCAAACCAAAAAGAAAUAUCAUUUAUUAUUCUAUUCUUUAUCUCAAUAGUAAACAUCAUUACUUUUCUUUAA